AUGCGCAAAUUUAACGCGUUUCGACUCAAACUUCAUCGUGAUUCCUCUCAUCGCGCACAGUCAACGACGGCAACAACAUCAACAUUAAUACCUCAUCCGAGAUCAUCUACAAUUGUAAAUACUGAUCACACAACGCCUACUCAACCUAUUACUAUCUCAGCACCGAUCAUUCAUAGUCAUGAAAAGGUUGUGAUUAACUGCAAAUACCAUCCCAAUGAAACCUAUAAUGAGGAACAGGCAGCAAUUAUAGUCAAUGACAACAAGGAAAAACAAAUAGUGAUGUCAGAAGAAUCCGAAAAAUUGUCUGAUGAAUUUAAUCAUAUCGAUGAUCAGCCUAUUUCAUCUUUAUCGAUAUCAAGUAACCAGUCAUCUUCAUCAAUAAAACAAGGUGAAUCCCCACCAAUAGCAACAACAACAUCGACAACAAUAAUGGUUGGAAAUACUCCGAAAGAAGAUAUUUUAAUAAGUUGUAAAGCAACAGCAAUGAUAUAUAACGAUACACAAAAGAAAUGGAUACAUUGUGCACCAAAUGGUCCAGCUAAAAUUCAAUUACUAUUUGCUCCUGAAACGCAAACAUAUCGUAUUGUUGGUCGACAGAUUCAAAAUCAUGAAGUUGUUUUAAAUCAUUCGAUAAUUAAAGGUAUCAAAUAUAAUCAAGCAACACCUACAUUUCAUCAGUGGCGUGAUCAAUCGUGUGUAUAUGGAUUAAAUUUUUCAUCGAAACUUGAUGCACAAGAAUUUGGUGCCACAAUGAUGAAGAUUCUAGAAAGUGUCAAUGGUUCUACUAAUAUGUCUUCCCAGACGAAUACUAAUGCUCCAACAACUCUUCCAUCGUCGACGCUGAAUAAUAAUAAUAAUAACAGCAGCACAACGUCUUAUAUACGUCAAACUAGCCAACCUUCUUCUUCGCUUUCUUCCACAGCAACGACGGCAGUAUCUACCCAUUCCACAUCUACAACUUCUUCCGUAUCUGAGUCUCAGAAACAACAACAACAACAACAACAACAACAACAACAACAAUCGACCUCGUCUUACAAUAAUCAAUUGCAUCCAAAUUUAAACUCCAUCAAUUCCAUACCAAUUUCUACGAGUAAUAAUAAUUAUUAUAGUCAACAACAUCAACUAACUGAAGACGAAGAAACAAAUUACGCACUUAUUUCUGAUUCAUAUUCAUCAUACGGUGAUACUUCAAUAAAUAAAAAUAAUAAUAUUCCACCAGCUCCACCAUUGAAUUCAAAUAUGCCAACUUCAGGUAGUGCUCCUUCUGUCGCUCCACCACCACCACCGCCGCCACCACCACCACCACCACCUCCACCACCAUUGCCUAACAAUUUAGCUGGUGGACCACCACCACACCCAGCGCCUGCACUAGUUCUACCUGCUGCUAAUGGAAAUGGUGGUGCAAAUGCAACACGAAAAACAAGUACUACUUCGGGUGCUCCACAAAUGGACUUAAUGUCUGAAAUGGCAGCAAAAUUUGCUCAACGACGUAAAGUUGUUGAUGAAAAUGUAAAACCUGAUUCAUCGCAUGCAAAUAAUACUAAUAAAGCAUCAUCAAAAUUGACGGCAGCAACUUUACCACCAACAACAACUGCACCUGUGCAGACAUCGCCACGAAUUGGUCGAAAAACAAAUGAAUCUGGUUCAACAAAUUAUGCAUCAGCUGAUCUUGAAAAAUUAAAAAUUGAAAUACUUACUGAAAUAAAGAAAGAUAUUGAAAAAGCUAAACAAGAAAUUCUUACUGCUAUUCUUGAUCAACAAAAACAAAUCAAAAAAUAA